UUCCCAGAAUGCCUCAGGGGAUCAGUCGUUCCAGAUUUCCUCUGGAAUUCCCUCACACGUUAGAGACCUUUUCUUAAUGAAGGAAGUCUGAAGAAGUUGGAAGAGCAGAAAAGUCUUUCCCUGGAUGACAUUCCUUCUGUUUUUAAUUUUUUUCCCGAAUGCUGCCCAGUGUUUUUGGAGACUCUCUCUGAGGAGCAGGAAAGGUGUUAAAUAUCGGAAGUUUCUGAGCUCCGCGCUCUUCAGGAGUUUUUAUUCACGCUUUUACAGUUUGUUUUUAUUUUGAUUUUACUUCAUCAUAAUUGGGUUAAAGUACCACAGGAACGUGUGUAGCGAAACUAUAGAAACGUGUGUAGCCUAGCGACAAAAACUUUAGCCAUUACCUGGUUGUAGUGUAACCGCGGAGUUAGAUGCAGUUUAACCAAACGGGUGUAGUGUUACUAUGGAAACUAGUGUAGCGUAACUGUGGAAACCUUUGUAGCGUAACCAUGGAAACUGGUGUAGCUUUGCCAUGGAAACGGGUGGAAUGUAAUCAUGUUAAUUGGUGUUGUGGAAGGGAAAUGUUCAAGCUCCGUGCAUCAUGGGAUGCUGAUCAGUCGGCCGAUGUUCUAACUCUGUACUCCAUGUUUACACGUUUCACUCGCAAACUGCAGAUCAGAGUUUAUUUUACAAACUCAGGCCACAAAAAACGAACAAACACACAAGCUACAGUUUCUGAGCGUCCAGCGUGUAAACGACUGUGAUUACAGGGCUGUUUACACUCUGGGUAAUAGAGGCUCUGACCGGCUCUGAGAGCUUCCUCCGAUGGCCACUUUUCAGUCAGGCCUUAAUUUUCCAAAUGAAGUUUACAGAAGAAGAAAAAUCCCUCCUGGAAGAUUCAUUAUCUGUGGCUGUUUCUGAGAAAACAAUGUCCCUGGCUGGACGUGGCUGUUCCCUUAUUUGGGUUGUGUUGGGGGCAGAAGCAGGAGCAUUGUUGUGGAGCUGCAGGAUGUCCUGAGGAAGAACCUCAGCGUUACACUGCAGGAGCCUCUGAGCCGAGCGCAUUCGGGGGACGGGGGAGCUGGGUUCUGCUUCCAGUUUCACCUCGGAGAAGUGAGACACGGGCAGAGGGCCGCCGCUGGCAGUGCUGCUGUGGCAUCAGCAGGGACGACCCAUCAAGCGGAACUAGAAAGUGGCAGAGCUGAAGCGGAUUUUUAGUUUUUUCCGCCGCAGAUCUCUGGUCAGGAAAAAGUGGAAGUUGAAGUCAGACUGGCGGCGCGCCUGCGAAGGUGGAGGAGCAGACUUUGAAGGCGUUUUCUGACUCUUCAGCCGAGAAACGGAGCGCGUGCAGUUUAAAUUGAGGUGUGAACUUCAAGGAGGUGAACAAAGAAAACAGGAGCGCUCUUUUUCACGAGAUACACACAUCGAUCGACAAUUUGGCGUUCACGUUUGGCAAUGUAGUGUCUGAUUUCCUUAUGGGAGAUGUGGACAGCGGCUCCAGCGUUGGGCCGCCGCAGGCCGGACGCAGCCGGUCCUUUGAGAACCUCUCUGGAGAUUCAGCGGGAUGUGAGGAGAAGGAUGGCCUGGCAGACUCCUCUGUGCCGGUGUUUCCGGAGCUCUCUGCUGUAGAGAAGGUGGACCAGGCUCUCCUGAGGAAUGACAGCGGCGUUGAAUCUGCCCUACUUUACGCAAAGGCCUGGUCCAAAUACACCAAAGACGUUCUGGCCUGGGUGGAGAAACGCCUCAGCCUGGAUGUGGAGUGCGCCAAAAGCUUUGCUAAACUGGCAGAAUCUGCUAAAGCUGUAGCGAGUCAGCAGGACUACAUGCCCUUCCGGGACAUUUACGUCUCUGCGUUUAAGAAUGAGAUCGAGUACAGUCAGCUCUUCCUGCAGACGGCUGUGGCGCUCCAAACCAACAAAUUCGUACAGCCGCUAGUGGCCCGCAAGAAUGAUCUGGACAAACGGAGAAAGGAGCUGAAAGAACAGUGGCAGAGGGAGCAGAAGAAAAUGACUGAAGCAGAUGGCGCUGUCCGUAAAGCUCGGCUGCUGCAGGCUCAGCGAAGGGAGGAGUACGAAAAAGCCCGAAACUCCAUCAGCCGCGGUGGGGAGGAGCAGCAGAGCGCAGGAGGAAAAGGCCUGGAGAAGAAGAGGAGGCUGGAGGAGGAGGCCCUGCAGAAGGCGGAGGAAGCUCAGGAGCAUUAUAAGGCUUGCGUGGCCGACGCGGGAGCGAAGAGGCUGAACCUGGAGAACGCUAAGAGUGAAAUCCUCACUCAGAUCCGAGAACUGGUCUUUCAGUGUGACCUCACGCUCAAAGCGGUGACGGUGAACUGGUUCCAGCUGCUACACACUCAGGCCGCUUCGCUGCCGGUGAAGUUCCAGGCUCUGUGUGAUCAGGCCAAGCAGUACGAGCCGGGUCAGUGCUACUCCGAGUUCGUCCACAGUUUACCGAAAGAGCGCGUGUGGCUGGAGGCGCUCGCUCAGGACAGCACCGGACCCUCCAGGACAGGGAUAUCGUUGUACCAUAAACGUUCUCUGAGCAGCACGCACUCGUCUCACGGUUCCGGAGCCGGCGGAGACGGACUCCCCGCCGACGAGCAGAACAGCCCCGCCCACCGCCGGGUCAACAAGAUGGCCAACAAGCGGUCCAGCAGCACUGCAGACAUUCAAGGUGUGAAGCCACAGUGCCCCCCUCAGGCGUGGAGCAGCACCGGCUCUGUGGGGGGAGGAGGGGUGGGCAGUGACUCUGAGAGCGCUGGGGGCAGCAGUGAGACUCGCUCUGUAGACUCUCCUACAGCCAGUCCAGGUGAUUUUAAACGCAGGCUUCCCAGAACCCCCUCCACUGGCACCAUGUCCUCAGCAGAUGAUUUAGAUGAGAGAGAACCUCCUUCACCUUCAGACAACGGUCUGGGUGAGAUGAUCAUGGAGGCGGCGAGUUCCCCCGGACCGUUCCGGAACGCUCAGAUGUCCAAAGCAGCGCACACACACAAGCUGAGGAAGCUGCGAGCUCCGUCCAAAUGCAGAGAGUGCGACAGCCUGGUGGUGUUUCAUGGAGCCGAGUGCGAGGAGUGUUCUUUGGCGUGUCAUAAGAAGUGUUUGGAGACUCUGGCCAUUCAGUGUGGUCAUAAGAAGCUGCAGGGCAGGCUGCACCUGUUCGGGAUCGAUUUCGCUCAGGCGGCGAAGAACAGCCCUGACGGAAUCCCCUUCAUCAUCAAAAAGUGCACCUCGGAGAUUGAGAGCCGCGCACUCAACAUCAAGGGUAUUUACCGAGUGAACGGAGCGAAGUCUCGUGUGGAGAAGCUCUGUCAGGCGUUUGAGAACGGCAAAGACCUGGUGGAGCUGUCUGACCUCUACCCUCACGACAUCAGCAACGUCCUCAAACUCUACCUGAGACAGCUGCCGGAGCCGCUGAUUCUGUAUCGGUAUUAUAAUGAGUUCAUCGGUUUGGCGAAGGAGGCGCAGAGCGUGCUGGUGGAGGAGGCGGAGUCUGCUCAGAGCCGGCCCCAAGGGGAGGAGCCAUGUCUCAGCAUCGACCUGAACAGAAUCAUCUUCAAAAUUCGAGACCUCCUCCGCCAGCUGCCCCCAGCACACUACAGAACUCUCCACUUCCUCAUAGCUCACCUGCACAGAGUGACGGAGCGAGCGGAGGACAACAAAAUGACGGCCAGUAACCUGGGCAUCAUCUUCGGGCCGACGCUGAUAAAGCCGCGGCAGAUGGAGGCGGAGGUGUCGCUCUCCUCCCUGGUGGACUAUCCCUACCAGGCCCUGAUGGUGGAGCUGUUCAUCACCCACCAUAACAUGAUCUUCGACGUUCCUCUGAGCCCCGUCGCUCCUUUAACCGCUCCGGCACUCCACGGCUCUCCGUCGCCCCACACCCGCGACAAGGACAGGCUCAGCCGCCACUCCAGGUCUCUACUGGACAUCAAAGAGCAGAGCUCUAAAGCGUAUAAGAGACACUCCUCCGUCAUCCCCUCCUCACAUUUGCUGGACGAAGUGAAGGAGGUGAAACUGGGAGACACAAAAGAGGGAAAAGAGGACACAUCACAAGCAGCUGAUGGCACUGAUGGCCUGAACGGUGUUGGCUCAGCAGCAGAGGUGCAGAGGUCUACGCUGGUUUUCGGCCGGCCCAGCACGACCAGCGUGACCAGUAUGUCCAGCAGUCUGGUGCAGCUCCGCCCACAGCGCUCUCGCUUUGCCUCUCGACCAGUCAGCAUGCCCGUGGACCGGCUACUGAACGAGCGCAACCGGCAGAACUCCGCAGAGCGGGAAAGCUUUCCAGCCGUCAUUCAGGAGGUUGCGGAGCCGGAGAAAUCGGACGGGCGCUACAGGAGCCCCUUCGUUCACACACACACGCUGCGGCGCACCUGGGACAAGCAGUACAGGCACUACGACGUGACACCGCGGACCGCCAUGAUAGUGGCCAACCUGCCUCCACCUGGAGUGACGGAUAAAACCAAAACGGCCACCGGAGCAGAUCCCGCUUCUGGUCCGAGCGCCGUUAGCAUGGCAUCCCAAAGCAGCCCGUUUAUGGUCAGCAACACGGUCACCAUCCGGCCUUUUAGAGCCUCCUGGAAGGACAGCAGUAGCACUCAGAGCGGAGAGGGACCGAUCGCUUUCAGAGCGCCAAGGACGCUUCAGCCGCCGCCCGGAACCUUCUACAAACCGCCCACAGCCUUGCGCGCCAGGCUAUCGGACGGGGAGAAGAGCGCCACGUCUUCUACUACAGCGUCUGUUACCACGGCGAUGGAUUUGGGGACAGUUACCACUUCCUCUACUCCAGCAUCUGUUACUAUAGCAACAGUUACCGCCACAUCGCCUGUUACCACGGCAACAGUUGUCACAGUGGUUUCCAUGACAAUGGGAGCACCAGUGGCUACAUUGACUGUUUCUACGACAAGAGCUACGGCUGCAGCCACGCCCGCGGUCGCCACGGUGCCGCUGUCUAAGCCAUCGGAAGCGUCGGAGGACUCCAGGUCAGAGAGUGGCUCGGCCGGGUCGGACGCGGUCAGUUUAUCGGCUUUUUCUCCACUUCAGUCUCCGUCCUCCACCCCCGAGGACCUGAGCCCCACCGACAGCAAACCCGCGUACCAGAGACUGCGCGGCAGCCGCCGCCUAAUACCCAACGAGCUGGAGCGCAGGGAGGCUCACUUCGUAUAAAAACUGCCGUCAGCUCGGAAAACCACGCAGAUUCUGUUCUUUGGGGGGGCGGGUGGUCUGGUCCUGGGGGGCCCCCAGCCAGGGGUGGACGAUACGGCAAACCUCAAACAAAUACUUUAAGACACGUUAACAAUGCAUGAUAAACACCAUGAUAUAGAACUUUUCUUAUUUAUUAAGGAACAUUAUAAAUUCCAAUAAUUGGUCAAAAUAAAUGAAUGAAAUGAGAUGCUGUGACGAGCUGCCGUCCAAUCAGCUACUCGUUACUGUACACUGGUUGUUGUUGUUGUUUACAGGUUUAUUGGUAUAAAUCUUUUAUUGUCCAUGCAGAAACGGACAGUCGGGCGCUCAAAUGUUAAAAGACAGUCGAGUCUCUAAUUAAAAGUGGAACAUGCAUAUUAUAUGGAUUUAGAUCUACAAACCAGGCUGUGCUUUCUCCUCUGUGGGGUUAAUUAGGUGACAGAGACCUGCUCUGAUCACCACGACAACAGUGAAUCUUCACCGCAAGUUUUUUAUCAUUCAGGUUCUUUUUUAAAAAACUCAGAAACCCAAAAUCUUCCCUACUUUAAAACGGUCACCUGGUUCACGACACAUGAAUCCCUGAUUUGGAGGGUCUGACGUUCUCCAGUGUGGAGAGAAGGUGGACAGGCGUCUUCGUCUCUUUUGCUUCUGUUACACAAUUUAACCCAAAGAAGAAGUCGGAGAAAAUCGGGUCAUCUCACGGUAACGGUUCGGAAGUUCACUGCGUCAGAAUUGGCUGAUUCUCCUGUCAUUCAUUUCAAGGUGAAAAGGCCACGCCCACUUUGCCCUUUAAAAGCUUCUGUCUCGGGGAGGCUAGCGAAGAUGCUCGUCGCCUUUUCAGCCCAGUUACACGAGUGCUCGGAAAUCUGAGCCCAAUCUGAGACGGCCGGUCAGUCAGGAGGUGAUUUUCCAUGGAUGGACCCAGAAGUUACAGUUGGGAGCAUUAACCGUUGGGGUGGGUCAGAAACUGCUACUGGUCCAGAACACUGGACGCUGAUUAUGCAAAAGUGUCUAUUUUCCUAUUUUUUAAACUAUUAUUAUUGACAGUUCAUGUCUGGGUGGAAGCGACUGGAGAAAAAUGGAAAUGUGUGGAAAUAAUUCUGGAUGAACCGCGUAAGAUGCAGGAAUCUGUACAGUGAGCUGAAAUUUGUAUAGGUGUCAUAAUUUCAUGCUGAUGUAAUCUUCGCAGUGCACUUAAUCAGCCUGAUUUGUCGACCUGUGAAGAGCAUUGAUUUAUUUCCCGGCCUCGUGGUUCCGAGCGCAGCCUGUUCUGCUGAGUUGGGCUCCGAGUGCUUUUACUGUGUUUAUUGAUUUUCAUACACAUGCAUUCCUGCUGCAGACUGUACCGAGGACGGAACUCGCAGAUUAUUCUCAGAUUAAACGUCUUUAUAACCCGA